CUCUCGCGAGCUAGCGUUAGGUAGGGAGCCAAGCUAGCUGCUCCAUUCUUUCCUCUACUCUCUGCUCCUGUCUUGCACAGCCGCGAGCCCCUGAAACCGGGAGGAUAGAGCAGUGCUCAUCGAUGGAUGAACGGUUAAGAUGGAAUCAACCGGGGGCCAUCGCAGGUUGAUCCGGAUCCCUCCGCGGCUCCGCCGAAUAUCCGCCGCGCUGCUGCCUGCUGCCUGCUGUUGCUGCUAUCCAUCCUCUCCUCUCCACCUCGCUUCCGCUCGUUCGUUCCUCUUCCCCCUCACCCACCUGGUCGCCACCCCCCAACCCCACCGGCGUCCGAGCCCGCUCCGCUCCGGCCUCCUCCUGCGAGGCCAUCGAUAUAGCUAACCGUAGUGGAAGAUAAAGGACAUGAAAAUGGCACAUAUGGUAACUAACUGUAGUUUCAGCCCUUCGCCUGCAGUUAAGACGUACUCGAAAUCUCCUGGUUAUUGCUGCAAUGUGACCCAAUUCCAGAGCUCAAAAUGUUCCAAUCUAGUGCUCAAAUCAUGUACUGCGACAAGACCGAACAGGCCAUUUGUCGCUCGUGCUAGCGCUGCUGUACAAGGACAGACACAAACACCCCUUACUGGAAGUCAGCAAGCAUCUGGGCACUCAUCCUCUAAACCCAAAAAGGUCAUGGUUAUCGGCGGAGAUGGCUACUGCGGCUGGGCAACCGCACUUCAUCUCUCCAAUAAAGGAUACGAGGUUGCCAUUGUUGACAAUCUUGUGCGGCGCCUUUUUGAUCACCAACUUGGCCUGGAUUCCCUCACACCCAUAGCCUCCAUCCAGAAUCGCAUCCGUCGGUGGAAGGCUCUAACCGGAAAGACGAUUCAGCUCUAUGUUGGUGAUAUAUGUGACUUUGAUUUCCUUUCAGAAGCCUUCAAGUCUUUCGAGCCGGAUUCUGCUGUCCACUUUGGUGAGCAGAGAUCAGCGCCAUAUUCUAUGAUUGAUCGUUCCCGUGCGGUAUUCACUCAGCAUAACAAUGUUAUCGGAACUCUUAAUGUAUUAUUUGCCAUUAAGGAGUUCAGUGAAGAAUGCCAUCUGGUCAAACUAGGAACCAUGGGUGAGUAUGGAACUCCAAAUAUUGACAUUGAAGAAGGGUUCAUCACUAUUACCCACAAUGGAAGAACUGAUACCUUGCCUUACCCAAAGCAAGCGAGCUCCUUCUACCAUCUAAGCAAAGUGCAUGACUCGCACAAUAUAGCAUUUACAUGCAAGGCUUGGGGUAUAAGGGCCACGGAUCUUAACCAAGGUGUUGUAUAUGGAGUGAGAACAGAUGAAACUGCAAUGCAUGAAGAACUAUCCAACAGGUUUGAUUAUGAUGGCGUCUUUGGGACAGCACUGAAUAGGUUCUGUGUUCAGGCUGCUGUAGGUCAUCCACUUACAGUUUAUGGAAAAGGUGGUCAGACCCGUGGAUAUCUGGACAUCAGGGAUACAGUGCAAUGCGUAGAGCUCGCAAUCGCCAACCCAGCCAAACCAGGUGAGUUCAGGGUCUUCAACCAGUUCACCGAGCAGUUCUCGGUCAACGAGCUGGCAAAGCUGGUUACGGCCGCCGGUGCAAAGCUUGGGCUGGAGGUGCAGACCAAGUCGGUGCCCAACCCGCGGGUGGAAGCGGAGGAACACUACUACAACGCCAAGCACACCAAGCUCAUGGAGCUCGGCCUGGAGCCCCACCUGCUGUCGGACUCGCUCCUCGACUCGCUGCUCAACUUCGCCGUCCAGUACAAGGACAGGGUCGACACGGCGCAGAUCAUGCCCAGCGUGUCGUGGAAGAAGAUGGGGGCGAAGCCGAAGACGGUGUCCGUCUAAGAGGAGGCUGGUUUUGCCAUGGCGGGGUAUAAUGUCAACCGUGACAUUGACAUUAUAAAUUUGGUGUGUAGUAAUGCAAUAAUUAUGUGCGUUUAGUAUAAUGCACGUUGUAGUGGGUGUGGUUACGGUGUUAGAUUUCUUUUUUGUUCUUCCUCACGAAUAGAUGCUGCAAUCUGAUCGAAGGGGAUUCCUUCUGUAUUUCUGUUGUAAACUUUUAUCCAGCUCUUGAUCAGCAAAUGGGUAUCCAGGAUGCAGGGGGGUAUUUGAGCCUUUUUUUUUU